AUGACGAUAAGCAACUUGGGAGACGACCUUCUCGUGGAGAUUCUGAUCCUCAGCUUCCCGAACCCUAGGUCCGCCUGCCGGAGCAAAUCUGUCUGCAAGAGGUGGAAAACCGUGAUCUCCAGCCCCCGUUUCAACCGCCGUUUCGUUUCGCACCAUCAGAGCAUCAACGAACCAAAACCCCCUAUCCUUCUCGCCUCCAACGACCCGGAAUCGGUCAUCCGGGGCUUCCUCCCGACGCCCGCUCCUAGUGCCAACAGACUCGGCCGCCCACGGCAUUUCAUGGUUUUCGACUCCUUGGACGACUUGCUUUUAUGCGGGUUUGCGGAAGCAGGUGAGAUCCUUUCCCAUGACGAAAUCUUCAGAUCGUACUUGCUGUGCAAUCCAUUCACGAAGCAGUGGGUAGCCCUUCCUCUGGCGCCUGAAAGACCGGCUGGGUACAAGAGCUUGGUUCCGAGCUUAGUUUGUGAUUCUAACAUCAAUCUUGAUCUUGGUGAUGGCCAAGCAUUUGCUCAUAGCUCCGACUAUCGGUUCCGGGUGGUGUGUAUGUAUCAGCACAGCAACUCUACCAAGUUAGACGUGUUCUGUUCCGAGAUCGGGGAAUGGAUGAAGGAGGCUCUUAGGUGGCGACUCACCAUCAACCAGCUUAAUAGCAAGCUCCGGCGUAGCUUCCAGUCGUCGACGGCGAAGGGGAUAAGGGAUUCAAUCGAUCUUGUCAGACGAGGGUGGAAAUUAUCGAUUCCGGUAAAAAACCCUGAAACGAAGCUCGACCCCAUCGCUGUUAUCGGUAAACACUGCUCCUCAAAGGGGGAAGAGAGCUGCUGUCCAGGAAACGGCUGUGGAUGUCAGGCCGUGAGAUUGAAUGUUGGAGAUCGAGCUACAAUUGAUAGGGAAAUACGUCGUGCAGCUGCUGGCGUGGGUGUGUAUGUCGAUGAGCACACGGGGAACCAAUAUGUUAGGAUGAAUGGUGACCGUGGUCGCCCUCAUGGAGAUCAACCAACAGUUCCUUUAGCCCAAGCUUCUGUGGUGGACUUACAUGGAAGCCAGCCACCACCAACUCAGCCUUAG